UGGUGGGACCGCGUUGAGAAAGCCGGGGCGGCAGCAGAGAGAGCGGCCUGAAAGAAGAAGAAGAAGAAGAAGAAGAAGAGAAAGAAAAGAGUCCGGUCCGAGUCGCGCGCGGAGGGAGUCGGCGAGAACUCAAUUUCACUUUUGUGUUUAAAAGCGGGAAUCGGUAGCUCGGCGCCCUCGGCGAUUUCAUCUCCCCGGACGGUGUUCACGAUGUCUGCGCUGGGACCGGAGAACGAGAACGUGAGCUCCCUUUCGGGCACCGCUUCGCUUCCCAUCGGCAUGGAGAACCCAGGAGGGGCCCCGGCUUCCGCCGAAGGAGCGCCCGGGAUCAAUGACGAAGGAACGGAACUUGGUGAUGAAUCUCUAGGAAAACAAAAAGAAAAUCAAGAACCAGAUCCUACAUAUGAAGAAAAAAUGCAAACCGAUCGAUCAAACAGAUUUGACUAUCUGUUGAAACAGACAGAAUUGUUUGCACAUUUCAUUCAACCUGCUGCUCAGAAGACUCCAACUUCACCCUUAAAAAUGAAACCAGGACGACCAAGAAUAAAAAAAGAUGAAAAACAAAAUCUGUUAUCUGUUGGAGAUUAUCGCCAUCGUAGAACUGAACAGGAAGAGGAUGAGGAGCUUUUAACCGAAAAUUCCAAGACUACUAAUGUAUGCACUCGAUUUGAAGAUUCUCCAUCCUAUGUGAAAUGGGGAAAAUUGCGUGAUUAUCAAGUCAGAGGAUUGAACUGGCUCAUUUCUUUGUAUGAGAAUGGCAUCAAUGGUAUUUUAGCAGAUGAAAUGGGUCUUGGAAAGACAUUGCAAACAAUUUCUCUUCUUGGGUACAUGAAACAUUACAGGAACAUUCCAGGUCCUCAUAUGGUAUUGGUUCCCAAAUCAACUUUGCAUAAUUGGAUGAGUGAGUUCAAGAGAUGGGUGCCAACUCUUCGAGCAGUAUGUCUGAUAGGUGAUAAAGACCAGCGAGCUGUUUUCGUGAGAGAUGUUUUGUUGCCAGGAGAAUGGGAUGUCUGUGUAACAUCAUAUGAAAUGCUCAUUAAAGAGAAAUCAGUAUUCAAAAAAUUUAACUGGAGAUACCUAGUUAUUGAUGAAGCCCACAGGAUUAAAAAUGAAAAGUCUAAGUUGUCAGAAAUUGUGAGGGAAUUUAAGACUACAAAUAGGUUAUUGUUAACUGGAACACCAUUACAGAACAACCUGCAUGAACUGUGGGCACUUCUUAACUUUUUAUUGCCAGAUGUCUUUAAUUCAGCUGAGGAUUUUGAUUCAUGGUUCGAUACAAACAACUGUCUUGGGGAUCAAAAAUUAGUAGAACGGCUUCACAUGGUACUACGACCAUUUUUGUUACGUCGCAUAAAAGCUGAAGUAGAGAAAAGUUUGCCUCCAAAAAAAGAAGUUAAAAUAUAUGUUGGUCUCAGCAAAAUGCAAAGGGAAUGGUACACAAGAAUCUUAAUGAAGGAUAUAGAUAUAUUGAACUCUGCUGGAAAACUGGAUAAAAUGAGAUUAUUGAACAUUCUUAUGCAGUUACGAAAAUGUUGCAAUCAUCCAUACCUUUUUGAUGGAGCAGAGCCUGGUCCCCCUUAUACAACAGAUAUGCAUUUGGUUACCAAUAGUGGCAAAAUGGUAGUUUUGGAUAAAUUGUUGCCAAAAUUGAAAGAACAGGGAUCACGAGUCCUAGUCUUCAGCCAGAUGACAAGAGUGUUAGAUAUAUUAGAAGAUUACUGUAUGUGGCGAAACUAUGAGUAUUGCAGACUUGAUGGACAAACACCUCAUGAUGAAAGACAAGCUUCCAUUAAUGCAUACAACGAACCUGGCAGUUCCAAGUUUCUCUUUAUGUUGAGCACACGGGCUGGUGGUUUGGGAAUCAACCUAGCUACAGCUGAUGUUGUAAUUUUAUAUGAUUCUGAUUGGAACCCACAAGUAGACCUUCAGGCUAUGGAUCGUGCGCAUAGAAUUGGUCAGACAAAGACUGUUAGAGUAUUCAGAUUUAUUACAGACAACACUAUAGAAGAAAGAAUAGUAGAAAGAGCAGAAAUGAAACUUCGCUUAGAUUCCAUAGUUAUUCAACAAG